AUGCCGGUGAGGAUCCUCUCCUUCCUCCCGGUCUCCAAGGAGGCGGCCAUGUUCUUGACGGCGGCGACCGAUCUGGCGGCGCUGGAGGUAGCCCCCUCCUUGUUCCUACCGCUGAUGACCGCAGAGGCGACACCUUCGAAGGCAAUCUGCUCGGCGGUUUUCCCCAUCAGGUCGUCCAUUGAAGCCAGCGAGAGCAGAUUGGAGCAAAGCUCCUCCGACCCCAUCGCAGCCAUCCUCUGGAAGAUUUCGAACCCGCUGGCCGAGUUCUUUUGGUCGCGGAGGACCAGCGGCUUGGAGAUCUGCAUGGCCAGUUUGGGCGUCUCCUUCCUCGAGACCUCCGUGUUAAAGGCGUUCACGGCGGCCAGGUAG